AUGGAUCAUCGAAUAAUUUCUCCAAUGGAAAUGUAUUCUGUUGCUCGUCAUCAGAUGGAUUUCUAUAAGAGUGUUCUUAGUCAUCUUCGAUUUCAUAUAUCAUCAUUUUCUCUUUCGGAAUGGAAAUCAAAUAUUGAAAAGGCUAUACGUUUAACAAUAGAAGCACAACCACGAUUACGUCUGCAAAUUGACUGUUCGAGAAAACAAGCAUAUUAUAUAAUUUUACCAGUGGAUGUAUUUAAUACAUUACCAAUUCAAAUUAUUGAAAGAACAGAUGACGAUGAAGAAUUUUUAAGACAAACUCUUGAACAUGAAACUAAUAAUGGUUUUAUUUAUAAUCAAAAUUUACCUUUAUGGCGUAUCGUUCUUAUUACUUCAUCUAAUAGUGAUAUCGUUGAUUUUAUCUUUACAUUCAGUCAUGUAAUAGGAGAUGGUGUAUCAGGAAUGGCUUUUUUCACAACUUUUCUUGAAUGUCUAUGCGAAAAACCAACUUCUAUUUUUUCACUGAAUUCUGAUCGAGCAACAAAUGAACUUAUUCCAUCAAAUUUACCUCCUCUAUCAUCAUUAAUAAUGAAAAUAGUUGAAAAAAUUCUUUUACCAAAUUUUGUUAGUCAAUAUCUUUUUCCGAAAAAAUAUUGGACUGGUAAUAUACAAUUAAAUGGUAACGAACCGUAUGAAACAUGCUUACUAUCAUUUACAUUACCCAGCACAACACUUGAUUCAUUACAUAAAAAAUGCCGAUCUGAACAAACAACAAUAAAUUCAGCGAUACUAUCUUCUCUUCUUCUUGCUACUUCAGACAUAUUUGGUGAGAAAAAAAAUAUGGAAUAUUUAUGCGGUGUAGCUGUAAAUAUUCGUCGAUAUUGUGAACCGAUUAUUUCAAAUCAACAAAUAGGUGUUGUUCUUUCAUCUGCUAAUACUUAUCAUUAUAUUCCAUAUCGUGAAAAUUUCAUAGAUUUAUUUUGGCCAUUGACUCGUCAAAUAAAAGAACAAGUAAAUGAAGAAAUUGAUAAUGCUAUAUUACCAUUUCUUCAAACAUUGAAAUUUGUUUCUAAUUGGAAUGAAUUCAUAAUAGAUCAACGCAAAACUUUACCAAAUGGAUAUGCAAAUAGUGUUGAUAUAUCGAAUAUACUUCGUUGGUCAUUUAAAAAUGAUGAUAAUCAACCAUGGAAAAUCUUGAAUGGUACUUUUGCACAAUCAGCAAAUGUGAUAGGCAGUGUGUUUGCAAUAAGUGCAGUAACUGUUAAUGAUAUUUUAAAAAUUGUUAUUAGUUUUCGCAAACAUAGUUUUGAAAAUAUCGAACAAGUGGAAAUGAUGAAAGAUAAAAUGAAACAAAUUUUAAUUGAUGCUAUUUCAUUAUAG